AUGUCGUCCACCAGCAACGCCUCCAUUGACAAGUUCAACGGAGACAAUUACGCAACGUGGAGCCGGUACAUGCGCGGUGUGUUUUUGACGAAGUCCGUCUGGCACGUUGUCAACCGUGAAGUGACUCCGACUUUCACCGACCCGCGAGCGUCCGAUGACUACGUCAAGGCAAGCAACGUCGCGUUUGGUAUGAUGCUGCUGCACAUGAACGCGGACUACCAUCAUGUGCUGGACAACUGCGAGGAAGCCUGGGUUGCGUGGACAAGUCUGAAGACGCUGUACGGUGGGUCGCAGAAGGCAGGACGCAUCUACCUCAAGCGACAGCUUUUCAGUAUCAAGAUGGCUGAAGGCGCGAACGUCAUGCAUCACUGCAACGAGGUCCUCAACAUCUCCGCCAAGCUUAGCGGCAUCAGUGCGAAGAUGGAAGACGAAGACGUUGCAAUUUGUCUGCUACUCAGUCUUCCGAAGAGCUACGAAAAUGUGGUGCUCAACAUGGAAAUGAGCAGCACCGAGCUUCGCACUCAAGAUGUGGUGAGAGUCCUGACGAAUGAGCAUGCCAAGCGUCAAGGAGAAAAAGGGACAACGACAGCGACUACGGUGAAGGCUGAAGAUGCAAGCAAGGCAUUCAGCGCCGAGCGUGAGCCCUACCAAUGCACGUAUUGUGGCAAGGUGGGACACACGGUGGAUCGUUGCUGGACAAAGCAGAACAUGCGAACAUUCGGGUGUCAGACAUACAUACUGACGCCUAAAGAGAAUCAACUCAAGUGGGAUCCAAAGGCUCGCGCUGGCAUAUUCGUGGGCUACGAAGAAGUUUCGAAGGCAUAUCGUGUUUAUGACAUCGAGGCGGGGCAGGUGGUUAUCAGCCGCGAUGUCAACUUCGACGAGUCCACCUUUGGACUUCAACUGCCGAUCACUGAUGAAGAUGUCGAUGACCUGGACUUCGAAUUGCUGGAUCUUGAUGACGAAGAGCUGCGUCAAAUGGAGUACAAGCAAACAGGCAAGCGCAAGAACCGACUCAAUGAUGAAGAUACAGCAGCUCCACGACCGCGUGCAGUGCGUCAACGACCAGGACUAGAAGAGUCAAGCGCGCCGGAAAACAACUCUUCACGACAAGAAGAAGACGAAGAAACGAAGGAUUCUGGUGAUUCAACACCGCCUGUGUUUUGGCGUGCGAGUGCAAAUGCCGUUGAAGCAGCAGUGGACUUAUCAGAACCCUCAACAUUUGAAGCAGCAGUAAGCGGCCCUGACCAUGUAAGAAGUAGGAGUUAA